CUGGAGCGUGCCGGGGGCCCAGGCGCUCCUGCCCUGCCCAGCCAGACACGGGAGUCGGGGCUCCGAGAUCCCUUCUGAAGAUGGGCUUCGAACCCAGACCCUGCGUCCGGCCGCGACUCCUCGGAGGGCCGCUCUCAAGCGACCCCUCUGUCUGGGGGAGGGGAGGGGGCGCUGCCGUGGCCACUGAGGCUCUCCGGCCCGAAGACGGCGUCCACGGCUGGAGGUCAAGGCCCGAGCCCGAGUGGGGUCCCCCCAGGGAGCCCGUGUGGCUAAAAGAGGAGGUGAAAAGCCCAGUCGGGAUCCGGGUCUUCCUGGCAGAUGGAAGGCUGGGGGCCAGGGCCUCCCGGGCCCACACCACGCCUGCAGCCCAGCCCGAGCUUUCAGCCCCUGCCCACAGCAUCCCACAACCCCCUCCUGCCAGCUGCAGACCUCUGACCCGGGGCUGGGGGCCACAUUCGGCACCAGACCCUGUCCCCGGGUAGCCCUGCCAGCCACUGCUGGGACCUUCCUGCAGGAAGCCUUCCCAGCUUACCUCCCCCACAGUUUAGGGGAGGGGGUCUGGGCCUCUGAGCCAGCAGUGGCUAGAGCGCAGAGUGGGGGGAGGCCUCUGCUUCCUCCUGUGGCCCGGCCCCCGGGGGUUCACAAUACGUUUUGUCCCGUCUCGAUCCUGUCCUGGGCCGAGAGCCCGGGGCCCUGGCCAAGCUAAGUUUGGAAGGGGGAAGGGGGGCUGAGGGUCAGGGGGGGUAAAGAAGGGGGCGGGGGCCACACGUCGCUGUCACCAACUUGGCCCCAUCCACACCCCCGGCACAGGCUGCGGCCCAGAGACAAAGACGAGAGACGGAGAACUAGCCCCGUAGCAGACGGGCUAGAGCGGGCGAGAGCCAGAGGGCGAGAGCAGAGACUACAGAAAACAAGAGACGCCCGAUAAGGGGCAGAAGGGGGGGCACAAGAGGCCUAGACUGCCAGAGACACUGAGGAGAGGGCCAGGGCGGUCUCCAGCCUCAGCACCAGGCGAGACCCAGCUCAGCCAACCAAGACAGACAGACAGGGAGGUAGGAGGUUCUCCCCCACCCCCUCUUCCUCUGUCUCUGCCUCUAUCUCUGUCUCUGCCUUGGUCUCUCCCUCUCCCUCUCUCUCCCUCUCUUCUCUCUCUCUCCUUCUCUCUGUGCCUCUCUCCCUUUCUCUUUCUCUGCCUCGGUCUCUCCCCCUCUCUCUCUCACUGCCUCUCUCUGUCCAUCUCUCCCUCUCUGCCUUUCUCUGUCUCUGUCUCUCUGUCUCUGUCCCUCUCUCUGUCUCUCUCUCUCCCUCUCUCCCUCCAUCUCUCUCUCUGUCUCCAUCUCUCCGUCUCUCUUCCUCUCUCUCUCUCUCCCUCCCUCUUUCUUUCUCUCUCUCUCCCUCCCUCUUUCUCUCUCUCUCUCUCCCUCUCUCCCUUCAUCUCUCUCUGUCUCCGUCUCUCUGUCUCUCUCUCUCUCUGUCUCUCCCUCCAUCUCUCUCUCUCUCUCCCUCCCUCUUUCUCUCUCUCUCUCUCCCUCUCUCCCUCCAUCUCUCUCUCUCUCUCUGUCUUUCUCUGCCUCUGUCUCUCUGUCUCUCUCUGUCUCUCUCUCUCUGUCUCCGUCUCUGUCUCUCUGUCUGUCUCGCACCCCCCCAAAGUGAGAAAGGCCAGACUGACAGAGCAAGGACAAAAGCCCCAAAGGAAAGUUGGGGACACCUAGAGAACAUACAGAGACCAAGGGAGGAGAGAAACUGAGAGACAAGCCGAGACCAGGGCCAAGAGAGAAAGCAGAGCUCUCUGCAGGGACACCAAGGGGAGUACAAAGUUUUUCUGCGUCAGGACAGAUUGGAGUGACGGCCAGAGGUGGGGCUUUGUGCAAACCAGGGCUGCUGGAAAGGGGCUACAAGACGACCUUGACAUGGAGAUCGGGGACCCAGAGAGCCUUGAGGAUGGGGACUUUGAGGACACAGCCUCGGCCCUUCAGAGUCUCAUGGACUUCACGGCCGGCAUGGUGACACCCGUCAGGACCCUGAGAUCCCGCUAUCGGCUGGUCCGGGAGCUGGGUGCUGGCACCUAUGGCCGUGUCCUCCUGGCCCGGCCCCGUCGAGGGGGUCCUCCCGUCGCCCUGAAGCUGCUCCCACGGGCCCGUGCGUCCUGGCCCACUUUCCUCCGGGAGUUCUGUGUGGGGCGCUGUGUCUCCUGCCACUCGGGCCUGCUCAGCACCCUGGCGCCACCACUCCAGAGCCCCCACCACUACGCCUUUGCCCAGGAGUACGCGCCCUGUGGGGACCUCAGCGGGAUGCUGGAAGACAGGGGUCUCCCAGAGCCUCGGCUGAAGCGCGUCGGGGUCCAGCUGGCCAGAGCCCUGGACUUCCUGCACGCCCGGGGCCUGGUCCACGCCGACGUCAAGCCUGACAACGUCCUGGUCUUUGACAGAGCCUGCCGUCGGGUCGCCCUGGCAGACUUUGGGCUGACCCGGCCAGAGGGCUCUCCGGCCCCUGCCCCGCCAGGCCCCCUGCCCUCGGCCCCCCCGGAACUCUGCCUCCUGCGGCCCCCCGACACCCUGGCCCUGCGGCCCGAGCUGGACUCCUGGGGCCUGGGCGUCCUCCUCUUCUGUGCCGCCACGGCCCACUUCCCCUGGUCUGUGGCCCUCGCUCCUGACCCCGGGUUCGAGGCCUUUGCCAUCUGGCAGACAGCCUGCCCCCAGCCAGCCCUGCCACCGGCCCCCUGGGACCAAUUCUCUCCAGCUGCCCAGGCCUUCCUCAGGGGGCUGCUGGCCCUGGAGCCCGAGGAGAGGAGCCGCCCCACAGCUGUCCUGGACUGGGCCGGGGAGGCCUGGCUGGGGGGGGGACCCUGGCCAGAGGUAGAGGAGGAGGAGGAGGAGGAGUUGCAGGAGGACAGCGAGGGAGGAGGGAAGGAGGAAGGGGCCGGAGGGGAAGAGGAGGCCAGCUUGGAUGAGGCCGAGCAGGAGGAGGAAGCGGAGCAGGAGGAGGAGGGCGCUCGUCGGGCCAGCCCGGGGACUCCCUGACCAGGUGGCAGGGCAGGUGGUCUGGACUGCGGCCAAGUCUCCCCUCCGUACCCCAGCCCGGCGGGGGCCACCUGGACUGGAGAGACAGCUGGCGGGGGGAGGGGGUGAAAGGUGAGCCCUCUCACCUCCUCCCCAGGCUGGGACCCAGGUGGCGGCUGCGGGGACACCCUGGGGAGAGCGCCUGGGACCUCUGCCGGCCGGCUCCCAGCCCAGCGGGAUUGGGGACACCUGGGCCCCCCCUCCCUGGGCCUUCCGGGGACUGUGGAGGGGGGAAGUGACUGCCCCAAGGUCACAUGGGUAAUAAAGGGAAGGAUCUGACUGAG